UUCUCAGUGAGAGGAAAAAACAAAUAUACCAAAAAAAGUAAAAAUGAAGAUGAUCAUACCUGUACAAGAGCAAAAAAAUUGCUUCAAAAAGUCUCGAUCUUUUUUUGGGUUUUUCUCUAAUUGUAUAAAGCUUUCAAUUUGGGGUGGAGAUCAAAAUUUAUAAGGACACAAGAUGAAGAAAAUGGUGAUGAAGAAGGAACUCUGCCAUAUCCCCAAUAUCAGGUUGAAUCCGGACUAUAUUUCUCAGCCAAGGUUUUAACAAAUUGCUUUUGAUAAGGAAGAUCAUCAGCAGGCGAUCAUCUUUGUCAUCUCUAUCAUUUAGUUUUAUUCCCAGUCAGGAAGAUUUGACCAAAUUAUUCUUGGAGAGCAAUCGAAAUUAACGCUUCUCCGAGAUUGUACUUUUGUUUCUGUUAGAGAACCAACGGGAACUGGAAUCUUUUCGAAGUCCUACUUCUAUAUCCUUUUCAUCCCUCAACUCGGGAUUGAUGCCUAAAAGAAGCAGAAAUGGAUUUGGUCAAAAAGAAACUGAUGAGAAACACCCACAUGUAUGUCGGAAAAGAAAAAAUAAACAAGUAGCUGCUACACUUGAUUCAGCUGUUGAGCCACGGCGUUCUUCCCGCCUCCGUGAACUGUCAAAUAGAAGGAACGACAGAUCAGAGGUAGAACGCUUCAGUGGACUGUCAAAUAGAAGGAUCGACAGAUUAGAGGGAGAAUGCAUGGGGAAUGAUAGAUCAGAUGGAGAACGCAUGGGGAACGACAGAUCAGAGGGAGAACGCAUGGGGAGCGACAGAUCAGAGGGAGAAUGCACGGGGAACGACAGAUCAGAAGGAGAGCGGCUCCAAGAACUGUCAAAUAGAAGGAACGACAGAUCAGAGGGAGAACGCCUCCGUGGACUGUCAAAUAGAAGGAAUGACAGAUCAGAGGGAGAACGCCUCCGUGAACUUUCAAAUAGAAGGAACUCCAGAUCAGAGGGAGAACACCUUGGUGGACUGUCAACUAGAAGGAACGACAGAUCAGAGGGAGAACGCACUGGGAACGACAUAUCAGAGGGAGAACGGCUCCAUGAACUGUCAAAUAGAAGGAGCGACAGAUCAGAGGGAGAACGCCUCGGUGGACUGUCAAAUAGAAGGAACGACAGAUCAGAGGGAGAACGCCUCCGUGAGCUGUCAAAUAGAAGGAACUCCAGAUCAGAGGGAAAGUUAAACUCGAUCAACUUUGACUGUUACCUGGAGCAUAUAUGGAGGAAACUACCAGAGGAUAAGAAAAAUUUGUUUGCAUGCCUUGACUCCAUGUGGUUUGGCUUAUACAGAACCAAACAGUAUAAGUCUAAGGUGUUGAGAUGGAUUAAGAACAAAGACAUAUUCUCGAAAAAAUAUGUUUUUGUUCCCAUUGUUCUCUGGGGUCAUUGGUGUCUUUUGAUCUUUUGCCAUCUCGGCGAAAGUCUAGAGUCAGAAUCGACAACUCCCUGUAUGUUGUUACUGGAUUCGUUACAGAUGGCAGACCCCUUUCGAUUUGCACCUGAGAUAAGAAAAUUUGUUUCCAGCAUAUUCAUCAAUGAAGAGAGGCCAGAGAGCGAGCAGCUGAUUAAGAAAAUCCGGCUAUUGGUUCCUCAGGUACCACAGCAGAGAAAUGCCACCGACUGUGGUAAAUUUGUUUUGUACUACAUUAGCCUUUUCCUAGAGAAUGCUCCAGAAACUUUUAGCAUUACAGAAGGCUACCCUUACUUUAUGAAGGAAGACUGGUUUACUCCUGACCAGUUAGAAAGCUUUUGGCAAGAACUGCAGACUAUGAACAAGGACUCAUCAUCUGCUGAUGGAAACUCCUCAGAUUCUGAUGAUGUUACAUGUUUAGAUCCAUAGAAGGAAACUAAGAGGGACAUGUGGAUUGUUUUUCUUACAAAAAUAUGAUACUACUCCAAGGGGCGCUUUGGAACAACGGUGGAUUUUGUCUUCAUGUGACCGAUAGGCUCAAACUUGUUUGGGAUUGAGGCAUAGUAGAAGUUGUUAUUAUUGUGAUCUAUAGGUCACGAAUUUUGAGCCGUGGAAUCAGCUAUGGAUGCUUACAUCACGAUAGGCUGCCCAUGUUACUCAUUUAGCUCUUUCAUGAUUCCUAUAUGAACUCGCACGGGAUGCUUCGUGCAUCAGACUGUUUUUUUUUAAAAUUUAUUUUUAAAAAGGAUACAAUUGAAAGGACAGGUAACUAUGGCGCAUUUGGAUAUUUAAUUUUUGGAUUAGAGGAUUAUGCAUGGAUUCAUUUGGUUUUUCCUUCCAUUGCUCUGUGAAUCUGAGUUCACUCUUUUACUCUUCCAUCUUCGUUGGCCUCCUCCUGUAAAUCAAUAUAUGCAGUAUUA